UUGUACAAUCUUUAAUUUAUUAUCUGUAAGUGUCGUCAACAGCUGAUCUUUCUUAUCUAUAUGACUGUGGUUGAUUGUUCUAAUUGCUUUACUUUGACGAGAUUGUAAAUAUAUGUCGUUGAAAAAUGUUCGGUCGGUUCAGUAGAUUCUUUCUUUUUAAACCAAAUUCAUUAUUAAAAAUGGAAGAUUUUACAAAAAAUGGAAAGAAAAUUCUCGGUGCAGCUCUGAAUUAUACUGACAUUUUGAGCAAUCCAAAUGUUAAAAAACCUGAAGCUCCGGUAAUGUUUCUAAAGCCAAUCAGCUCAUAUAUUACUGAGGGUCAAGAUAUUGUUAUUCCCGAAGUGUUGACUCUAGUCAAACAUGAAGUUGAGCUUGGCGUUAUCAUUGGCAAAAAAUGUAAGGACGUAUCCGUAGAGGAAGCACACCAGUACAUUGGAGGAUACUGUUUGGGUUUAGAUCUCUCAGCCUUUUGUGAAUUGAAUGAAGCACGAAAAAAUGGAUUUCCGUGGAGCAUGGGCAAAGGAUUUGAUACCGCCAAUCCAGUGUCCAGAUUCAUUGCAUUGAAUGAAGUGAAAGACUUACAUAAUCUCGAUUUGUAUUUGAAUGUAAAUGGUGUUCGACGUCAAACGGGCAAUACAAAAGAUUUAAUUUACAAUUCGUUCGAACUAAUCUCAUACUUAUCAAAAUACAUGACUUUGGAACCAUGCGACCUUAUUAUGACUGGAACACCAGACGGUGCAUCUCAAAUUCGUGCUGGCGAUGUUCUCCAAGCGGGCCUUAGUGAGUCAGGAUGUGAAAUUGUAAAAAUGACGUUCAACGUAAAAUCUUAAUUUUCUUUAUUUCAUUUGUUUCAAUUGGUUUCGCUUUGUUUAAAUAUAAAAACUUAAAUUUGAAAAUCAAUGAACAGUCAACAAAAUCACGUCUUAACUUCUACUGAUAUAAAACGACUAAAAAAUAUUCUAACAUUUGUUACUUAAACGAUUUCCAAAUAAAAAUUAAACAAAACCAAA